CCAUCAGUUUCAUACUGUCCAGCGAUCAGUUCAGUCUUCUACCGCAAACACAACCCCACCCCAUUCAUUCACAAUGGCCCUCAAGUCCGAUGCCGUCUUCGAGCGCAUUGCCAAGCGCCUGGAAUCGAUCGACCCGAGCAACCGCCAGGUGCAGCAGAUCUACAAGUUCCGCAUCCAGCAGGCCGGCAAGACCGUCAAGACCUGGGUGCUCGACCUGAAGGCCGUCAAGCUGACCGAAUCGGAUGACGCGGCUGAGGCUACCCUCACCAUGGAAGAUGACGUCAUGUUCGCCCUCGGUACCGGUGCCAUGCAGGCCAAGGAGGCCCUGGCCCAGGACAAGCUGGACGUCGAGGGACAGGUUGAGCUGAUCUUCCUGCUCGAGCCGUUCAUUGCUUCGCUCAAGAAGUAAAUGUGCCGUUUCUGCAGCUACACAUACACCACACACCCCGUAAUGCUUGGUUAACUUAUUCCCCACAAAACAUCUGCAACAACAAAACAACAAUGAAGAUCGCGAGAGAGAAAAAAGGAUAUACCAUCAGGAUCGUUAUUGCUUCUGUUUUACAUCGCGGCAUCACCAUCUGGUCGAUCUCUCGUCAUCAUGCGGAUCUCGAUGCUCGACCCGGGCUGCAACAUUUGCAGCCCGGUUUGGCCGGCUGUACCACUUCGAACAUCUACUACCAUCUACAGCUGUACAGCAAAGAAUGAUCAGUAAAUGGUGCGCUUAAAAACAGA